AUUAAAAAGGGAAAAAAGCCCAAUAGCCUGGAGAAGCUUGUGUGUUUGCCCUUUGUAAUGACGUAGUGUCCUGUGCCUCUCCCCUAACUCCCUUCCCCUCCCUUCGGCCAGCCCCCACCCCUCGCCCCUCACAGCCUUGGAAGCCACAAUUAAGCGGCUCUGGGAUAAAACACACUGGCUGCAAGAGGACUGGGGCAUUGCUUCAAGAGAUGGCAAGGCAGCUGGCUGCAUCCCUCCUUCCCGGAGUCCUCCUCCUCCUCGCCAUCCUCCCGGCUUCUCGGCAAGGAGGGGUGCCUGGUGCUGGAGCGGGAGUUCCAGCUCUAGGAUAUUACCCAGGAGCUGCUGGGGUUGGAGGCCUGGGAGCAGGAGGCCUGGGGGCGGGAGCUGGACUUGCAGGGCUCGGUGUUGGAGCAAAACCUCUCAAGCCAGGCCUCGGGGGACUUGGCACACUUGGCCUGCAGCCAGGUGGCAUAGUCCAGCCAGGUUUCUACCCAGGAGGCGUCUACCCGGGCGGCAUCUACCCAGGGGCUGGGCUGGGAGCCUAUAAAGCUGUUGCCAAAGCUGGUGCUGGUGUGGGCGGAGUCGGCGGUGUGGGCGGAGUCGGCGGUGUGGGUGGACCCGGUGGUGUUGGGGUCUCCACAGGUGCCGUAGUGCCCCAGACUGGGGUUCAGCCAGGUGUAGGCGCUGGAGGGAAACCUGCCAAGGUACCAGGUGUUGGCAUUCCAGGGGUGUACCCAGGAGGCGUGCUCCCAGGAACAGGGGUCCGUUACCCUGGCAUAGGUGUCCUGCCUGGUGUGCCCACUGGGACUGGAGUCAAGGCGAAAGCCCCAGGAGCAGCAGGAGCCCUUGCAGGAAUUCCCGGAUUUGGAGGCUUCGGGGGCCAGCAGCCUGGCGUCCCUCUGGGAUACCCCAUCAAAGCCCCCAAGCUCCCAGGUGGCUAUGGGCUGCCCUACAGCACUGGAAAGCUGCCUUACGGGUACGGACCAGGUGGGCUAGGUGCUGGUGCUGCGGGAAAGGCAGGAUACCCAACAGGGACAGGAGUUGGAGCUCAGGUAGCAGCAGCUAAAGCAGCAGCUAAAUAUGGUGCUGGUGUCGUGCCUGGUGCUGCUGGCAUCCCCGGAGUCGGAGGUCUCGGAGGCCUGGUGCCUGGCGUUGGGGGUCUCCCUGGAGUUGCAGGUGUCCCAGGGAUUGCAGGAGCUGGAAGCCAGGCAGCAGCAGCAGCAAAAGCAGCAGCGUAUGGAGCUGGAAGCCCAGCGGCAGCAGCAGCAGCAAAAGCAGCCAAGUACGGAGCGGCUGGUGUUGGAGGCCUGGUGCCCGGUGUCGGCGGUGUCCCUGGCUUGGUGCCCGGAGUCGGCGGUGUCCCUGGCUUGGUGCCCGGAGUCGGCGGUGUCCCUGGCGUGGUACCCGGUGUUGGCGGUGUCCCAGGAGUUGGAGCUGGAAUCCCAGCAGGAGCAGCAGCAGCAGCAAAAGCCGCCAAGUACGGAGCGGCUGGUGUUGGAGGCCUGGUGCCCGGUGUCGGCGGUGUCCCUGGCUUGGUGCCCGGAGUCGGCGGUGUCCCUGGCUUGGUGCCCGGAGUCGGCGGUGUCCCUGGCUUGGUGCCCGGAGUCGGCGGUGUCCCAGGAGUUGGAGCUGGAAUCCCAGCAGGAGCAGCAGCAGCAGCAGCAGCAGCAAAAGCCGCCAAGUACGGAGCGGCUGGUAUUGGAGGCCUGGUGCCCGGUGUCGGCGGUGUCCCUGGCUUGGUGCCCGGUGUCGGCGGUGUUCCUGGCGUGCUGCCCGGAGUCGGCGGUGUCCCAGGAGUUGGAGCUGGAAUCCCAGCAGGAGCAGCAGCAGCAGCAGCAGCAAAAGCCGCCAAGUACGGAGCGGCUGGUGUUGGAGGCCUGGUGCCCGGUGUCGGCGGUGUCCCUGGCUUGGUGCCCGGAGUCGGCGGUGUCCCUGGCGUGGUCCCCGGAGUCGGCGGUGUCCCAGGAGUUGGAGCUGGAAUCCCAGCAGGAGCGGCAGCAGCAGCAAAAGCCGCCAAGUACGGAGCGGCUGGUGUUGGAGGUCUGGUGCCCGGCGUCGGCGGUGUCCCUGGCCUGGUGCCCGGCGUCGGCGGUGUCCCUGGCCUGGUGCCCGGCGGUGUCCCAGGAGUUGGAGCUGGAAUCCCAGCAGGAGCAGCAGCAGCAGCGAAAGCAGCAGCGAAAGCAGCAGCCUAUGGGGCUGGACGCAUACCAGGUGUGGUACCGGGAGUUGGAGGCUUGGUGCCCGGCAUUGGUGGGGGUCUGGUGCCCGGCAUUGGUGCCGGUCUGGUCCCCGGUGUUGGUGGAGCCCUGGUGCCUGGCAUUGGAGGUGUUGUCAGUCCGGCAGCAGCAGCCAAAGCAGCAGCCAAAGCAGCCAAGUACGGAGCUGGCGGAGUCGGAGGCCUGGUGCCCGGUGGAGUCGGAGGCCUGGUGCCCGGUGGAGUCGGAGGCCUGGUGCCCGGUGGAGUUGGAGGCCUGGUGCCUGGUGGAGUCGGAGGCGUCCCAGGAGUCAUCAGUCCCGCAGCAGCAGCUAAAGCAGCUGCCAAAGCAGCCAAGUAUGGUGCUGGCGUCGUGCCCGGGGCAGGCGGGGUGCCUGGCAUCGUGCCCGGGGCUGGCAGGGUGCCAGUCGCAACGCCUGGGGCUGGUGGGGUACCUGUUGUAACGCCGGGGACUGGGGGAGUGCCAGUCUUUGUGCCCGGCGCAGGACAAGUGCCAGGAACGGGCAUUGUACCUGGAGCAGGGAUUCCUCAGCUGGGCGUGCAGCCAGGCGCCAAGCCUCCAAAGUACGGGUUCGGUGUUGGGGGCCUGCAGCCAGGGGCUGGAGUUCCUGGCUUCGGUUUGUCUCCCAUUUACCCAGGUGGACUCGCUGGCCAGCUGGGAUACGGCGGAAAACCUCUCAAGACCUAUGGUGGGGCCCUGGGAGCCCUGGGAUACAGAGGUGGCGUGGGCUGUGCGCAAGGGAAGUACUGUGGCAGGAAGCGGAAGUAACCCAGCCAGGCUGCUACCAUUAACCUCAUGAACUUUGGUGCUACUGCAUGGUCUAGAAUGUAAACCCUGAGUAAAGCAGCGAUCCCGCCCCAUCCCCCGUUCCCCCGCCAGCCCCCCGGAGGGAAUUCCAUGGCCCCUGAUGCUCCCUUCGCUCCGGCCCAGGGGUCCCUGCCCUCUCUCCAGCGGGAAGCACAGAACAAACUGUGGGAAAUGCCGUUCCCACUGGUGCUAAAGCUCCCUGCAGGGAGAGCUGGGCAGGCCUCCAUGGGGCAGGACUGGACCCUCCCCAGGGGACGGGAGCCAUGGGCCCUCGGGGAGGAGGAGAUGGGGGCUGGUUUCCAAGAGGACAGCAAGGGGCUGGGCUCCACCUGCCUCCAGCAUAUGGGCAAAUGACCCAUCAGCAGUGCCCAGGCCCAGCAUAUCCCAGCUGCUCCCAAGACUCCGUCCAGCUGGCCAGGAACUGCUUAGCAGCUAGCCAGCCUUGAUCCCCCGCCCCUCAUGUCUGUCAGCCCCCUCCGUGCCUGCCCGCCCCAGUGCCCACGCUGCGGGAUGCCACGGGAUGGGGCUUGUGGGCUCCAUGCAGGCGGGCAGGGGAAUUCCUCCUGCUCUGACACUCAUGCCAGCGGGGCCUGUAGGGGCUCAUGGGUGGGUUAAAUUCGCCUAGAGUUCUUUGCGGUGGGGCCAUCUGAUUGGCUGACGCGUCCCCACGCUGGAGGACACGGCCCUUCCGGUGUGUGGGGAGGGGUUGGCACUAUCAGCAGAGCCAAGUCACUAACACUGAUGGGAUUAGCCAUGUGCCCGCCCUCACUCAGCAGUACUGUACGGGCAGCCAGCGCCAGCCCAGCCCUGCCAUGUCUCUGAGGCCCCGCUGGGACCUGCCCUUCCUCUUGCCCUGGAUGCCCGUGUGUUCCUGAGCCGUGGGCCGGAAGGAAUCGCACCUCUCCAUGUUACUCACUUGGUAUAGCUCGGGUGGGACAUGUUAUAAAGAGGGAAAGUAACUGCUUCCAAACGACUAAUAAACAAUGAUUUCUAAAGGA